AUGCUGCGGCUCGCGGCUCGCCGAGCCUUUGCAUCCGCACCCGCCAGACGCCUGCCGCUGGCCACAGCAAGAAAGUUCCACAGUGUGCCGCCGCCGCGACAGGAUAAGCCCGGCAGCCACUCUCGAACAGAUGCCGAAGUCGAGUUUGAGUAUCCUCCGGAGCAUGAGCUUCCCAGCAGCGAGCCCGUCCUCGGUACUGGCGGCCAGUAUGUCAAGCCGACGCUUGCCAGCUUCUCCCUCGAUGGAAACGUCGGUGUCGUCACUGGAGGCGCAAGAGGGCUGGGACUGGUGAUUGGCCAGGGAAUGGUCUUCUCCGGCGCUGACCUGGCCCUGGUCGACAUGAACAAGGAGGAGGCCGAGAAGCAGACGAAGCUGCUUGUCGAUGCCUUUAUCAAGGAGAACCCCAACGCAAAACGCAUUCCCAAGGUGACGGCGCAUUACGCCGACGUUUCUGAUGCCGAUUCUGUUGAGGCGUGUAUCUCUGAGAUCAUCCAGCAGCAUGGCAAGAUCGACAACUUGGUCACCUCGGCUGGCUUCACCGAGAACUUCGAAGCCAUCAACUAUCCCAUUGACCGACUCCGGAAGCUCUGGGGUGUCAAUGUAGACGGCACAUAUCUCUUCGCUACGUCGGUUGCUCGUCACCUCAUGCAGAGGAAGAGCCCCGGUAGCAUGGUCAUGAUUGGCAGCAUGUCCGGGGCCAUUGUCAACGUGCCCCAGCCUCAAGCGCCUUACAACGCCUCCAAGGCUGGAGUUCGCCAUCUGGCAGCUUCGCUCGCCGUUGAGUGGGCACAUGCUGGCAUCAGAGUCAACUGCCUCUCGCCGGGAUACAUGCUGACGGCUUUAACCGAGAAAAUCCUGGAUGAGAAUCCCGAGCUGAAGCAGAAAUGGGUGUCCCUCAUUCCCCAAGGCAAGAUGGGCUUGCCUCAGGAUCUCAUGGGCCCAGUAACUUUCCUACUGUCUGAUGCCAGCCGCUAUGUAACCGGUGCGGACCUUCGCGUUGAUGGCGGUUACACCCUCACAUAA